UUUUUAUUUAUUUAUAUUUUUUUAAAUCUUUCCGUGCAGAAGAACUAGCAGCGAAGAGACCUCUGCUCUUAACAUUUGGAAAAGCAGAAAAAUGGCAUCAGAAGACAUCACUAAGCUUGCGGAGUCGCUUGCCAAAACCAAAGUGGGUGGUGGACAAUUGAGCUUCAAAGGCCAGAGCCUUAAACUCAAUACAGCUGAAGAUGCUGAAGAAGUGAUCAAGCAAAUUGAGGAAUUUGAUGGCCUGGAAGCACUGCGUCUGGAAGGCAACACAGUGGGUGUGGAGGCAGCAAAGGUCAUUGCCAAAGCCUUGGAGAAGAAAUCAGAGCUCAAGAGGUGUCACUGGAGUGACAUGUUCACAGGGAGACUAAGGUCUGAGAUCCCUCCUGCUUUGAUCUCUUUGGGGGAUGCACUCAUCACUGCUGGAGCCCAACUGGUGGAGCUGGACCUGAGUGACAAUGCCUUUGGCCCAGAUGGUGUGCGUGGCUUUGAGGCCCUGCUGAAGAGCCCCGCGUGCUACACUCUGCAGGAACUCAAGCUCAAUAACUGUGGCAUGGGCAUUGGUGGUGGCAAGAUAUUGGCAACCGCUCUGAAAGAGUGUCACAGGAAAUCAAGUGCCCAGGGCAAGCCGCUUGCUUUGAAAAUAUUUGUGGCUGGCAGAAACCGUCUGGAGAAUGAUGGUGCCACUGCCCUGGCUGAAGCCUUUGGGAUCAUUGGGACUCUAGAAGAGGUCCAUAUGCCACAGAAUGGAAUUAACCAUCCUGGCAUCACGGCACUGGCCCAGGCCUUUGCUAUCAACCCGCUGCUUAAGGUUAUAAACUUGAAUGACAACACCUUCACAGAGAAAGGAGCUGUGGCCAUGGCAGAGACUCUGAAGGCGCUUCGGCAGAUUGAAGUGAUCAACUUUGGAGACUGCCUGGUGCGUUCAAAGGGUGCUGUUGCUAUUGCUGAUGCUGUUAAAGAAGGGCUUCAUAAAUUAAAGGAACUGAAUUUGUCCUUCUGUGAGAUCAAACGAGAUGCUGCUCUGACUGUUGCUGAAGCUAUUGAAGAUAAGGCAGAGUUGGAGAAGUUGGAUCUCAAUGGUAACUGUCUGGGAGAAGAGGGAUGUGAGCAGCUCCAGGAGAUCCUUGAAGGCUUCAAUAUGGCAGCUGUGCUGGGAUCUUUGAGUGAUGAUGAAGGGGAGGAGGAAGAUGAUGAAGAGGAGGAGGAGGAUGAAGAUGAAGAGGAGGAGGAAGAGGAGGAGGAAGAACAGCAACAGCUGAAGGAGAGAGGACAGGGAGAACAGGAGUCACUGACUCCUAAGAAGAUAAUUGAUUCACAAGAUUCAACUCCAGUACCAUCUCCUCCUGUGGACAUUGCCACGUUCCUUGCUUUCCCAUCACCAGAGAAGCUGCUGCGACUAGGACCAAAGUGCUCUGUGCUGAUAGCUCAGCAGACAGAUACAUCUGAUGUAGAGAAAGUUGUUACAGCUCUCCUAAGGAUAUCCUCAGUCUUCAAAGAUGAAGCCCCAGUGAAAACAGCAGUGCAUGAAACAACAGAUGCCUUGAUGAGAAAAGCCUUCACUUCUGCCACAUUUAAUUCAGAUGCAUUUAUCACAAGCCUCUUGAUCCAUAUGGGACUGCUUAAGAGUGAAGAGAAGAUCAAAGCUGUCCCAAGCCUCUAUGGUAUUCUCAUGACCUUGAACCAUAUGGUCCAGCAGGAUUAUUUCCCUAAAUCCCUGGCCCCAGUUCUCUCAGCUUUUGUCACAAAAAUGCAAGGUUUAGAGUAAAAAGUCUUGACGCUAAAGAAGAAAUGGCGGAAAGCUGGCUUUGCAUCUAACUGACUCUGAAGCAGAGACUGAUGCCAGUCACAGAAGAGGUGUUUUGAGCUUAAGGAAACCUGCUGGGUUUCUAGCCACUGCUUGAGUGAACUAUGAGCACACUGGAUCUAACUGUGCCCUCCAAAUCAUCCUUCUGAGUAUGAUGGUCAGCAGAGCUCUACCUGAAUUGUCAUGCUGUGUAACACUGAACACCAGCAGAUCAAACCAGUGCAAAACACAAAGACUGAAUUUAUUCCUAAGUGAAACUGUUCCUACUGUGACAGCAACAAGGCUAGUGAUUUUUUUGAGAACUAAAUUGGGAGCAUAAGUAUUGA